AGAAAGAGAGGAUGGAGGUAGAGGAGGGGGAGCGAGGACAGAAAGAUGCGAUGAAAGGAGAGGAGGAGGGGACUACAAUUGACCAGGCCAGUCUGAUAGACCCACACCUCAAUGCAGACCCGGCUACUCAGAACUACACACACCCUCCCUCAGAACCCCCCAUAAACCUCCAGAGACCAUCAGACCGUCCCAUUGAGCAAUCCCCACACCUCCCCCACGUGGACCAAGAGGACCUCUGUGAGAACAUGUUCAAUCAGUCUGACAACCAAUCAGUCUUGUCCAGUCUCUCCUCUCAGUCUCCCCCUGCCUCACCCUUCCUCACCCUUUCAUCUGACCUCCCCCCUCCUCUCCUGCCUGUUAGCCCUUCCCACCCAGAGACCCUCAGCCUAUCAGAGAGCCGCCCAGAGACCUUCACCCUAUCGGAGCGCAAGCCUUGGUCACAGAGGGUCUGGCCAGAGGGCGGGAGGCGUGUCUUAACUCACCUGGUGGAGGGCUUCAUCAUACAGGAGGGGCUGCAGGCAUUCCCGGUGAACCGCUCGUCUCUGUUGUUGGGAGGGCAGGAGGGUGUCUCCCAGAAUGGGAAAAUAGAGGGGGCGGAGUUAUUACCGUUGACAGACACACCAGAGCCACCGGAACAUUCCAGCGAAUCAGAACAAGAGCGUGUGGCUAAAGAUGACCCGCUCACAGGUCCCAGAGAGAGACAGAGGGGGGUGUUACAGUGUGAGUCUUGUGGGAAGAGAGGCCACGCCCACUCCUUCCACCGCUCCAAGCGAUACUGCUCCACUUCCUGUGCCCGCAGGUAUGAUGUAGGGCUGUCCAAGCGUCUGCGUGCUCUGAGUGCUGGCAGCCAGCCUGAGGGGCGGCGCUCUGAGAUAAACAAGGUGGAGUCUGUGCCUGGGAAGCCUCUCCUACUGCGACUGCCCCGUGAAAUAUGGAGCGCCCGUAGCCAUGACAACGAAGAAGAGGAGGGGCAUGCUGUUCCCAUGAUGACCAGGCUGACACGCCGAGCGGCACGGAGGGCAAGGAGGGCCUCAGAGCCAGCGAUGACCCCUAGUAACCCCACUGUGACCUCUAGUGACCCCACACCUGCACAGUGGAGCGUAGAGCAAGUCUGGGAAUUCAUACACACACUGCCAGGUUGUGUGGAGGUUGCGGAGGCGUUCCGUGUUCAGGAGAUAGACGGCCAGGCCCUGCUGCUGCUCACGGAGGACCACCUGAUGACCAGCAUGAACAUCAAACUGGGACCAGCUCUCAAGAUCUGUGCCCACAUCAACACACUCAGACACAGAUAGAGAGUGAGGAGGAGAGGUGGGAGGAGGAGAGAUGAGAGAAGGAGGAGAGAUGAGAGGAGGUGAGGAGAGAUGGAGAGAUGGAAAAAAGUGAAAGGGGUGAGGGUGGAAAAAGAGAGGGACAAGAGUGAUUGAUAGAUGGGGAAGAGAGAAGGGAUGAGAGAGAGGGUGGAGGAGGAAAAAAGGACAGAGAAGAAGAGAGAUAAAGAGAUUCAUUCAAGAGAUGAAGAGCUGAGAGCGAUCAGUGAGAGAGGAGGGGGACUUUUUCUAUUCUAUUGUGUCUGUGUACAUAUUUUACAAUGCAGUCUAUUGGGUGUAACUGAAACGAUUUAAUUAUGGAUUUGUAAUAUACAGUAUUAUGAAUUUGUGUAUUUGGUUAUUAUUUUAAAAUGUGGUAUCACAUGUCAACUGUAAAAUACUUUCUGAUUUUACGAAGUUGAUACACAGACAUUUUUAAAUCACUUUGUAGAAAAUAAUCUUAACUAAAUCAAUUAAUAUGUUUUUAUAUAAGAUCUCUUCUGAGAAAAAGUUAGAUCUUAUUUGACUCAUAACCAUGUCAAUUUUGUGAGAUGCCAUAAUGUUUUCCCUUAUCCUGCCUCUUCAAACUCUGUAAUAAAUCCAAUUAAUUUA